GACCAGCUGCCUCUCCUGCGUCCCGCACUCGGGGCCCCGCCGGCUGCUGCUCUCGUGGGCUCGCUUUCUCCCGCUCACCCGGCCAUGCCGUGGCUGUGGCCGCUGACCAUCUCUCUCGCUGUGCUGUUGGCUGUGGGGCUGAGUGGAGUCCCUGGGGCCCCCUCCCUGCUGGGGGGCAGGCACCGAGCCGCGUCUGAGGAGGGACAGCAGCGCCGGGCCAAGCGGGGCACCGAGGAUGAGGAGGCCAAGGGGGUGCAGCAGUAUGUACCCGAGGAGUGGGCUGAGUACCCCCGGCCCAUCCACCCCGGUGGUCUGCAGCCCACCAAACCCCUGGUGGCCACCAGCCCCAACCCAGACAAGGAGAGGGGCACCCCGGGCGGCGGGCAGGAGCUGAGGGGCAACCUGACCGGGACGCAGGGCCAGUGGCUGCAGAUUCGGAACCCGCUGUACCCGGUGACCGAGAGCUCCUAUAGCGCCUACGCCAUCAUGCUCCUGGCCCUGGUGGUGUUCGCCGUGGGGAUCGUGGGCAACCUGUCGGUCAUGUGCAUCGUGUGGCACAGCUACUACCUGAAGAGCGCCUGGAACUCCAUCCUCGCCAGCCUGGCCCUCUGGGACUUCCUGGUGCUCUUCUUCUGCCUCCCGGUUGUCAUCUUCAACGAGAUCACCAAGCAGAGGCUGCUGGGGGACGUGUCGUGCCGGGCCGUGCCCUUCAUGGAGGUCUCCUCCCUGGGCGUCAGCACCUUCAGCCUCUGUGCCCUGGGCAUCGACCGCUUCCACGCGGCCACCAGCACCCUGCCCGUGGUGAGGCCCAUCGAGCGGUGCCAGUCUAUCCUGGCCAAGCUGGCCGUCAUCUGGGUGGGCUCCAUGACGCUGGCCGUGCCCGAGCUCCUGCUGUGGCAGCUGGCGCGGGAGCCCGCCCCCCCGGGAGGCACGGUGGACUCCUGCGUCAUGAAGCCCUCGGCCAGCCUGCCCGAGACCCUCUACUCGCUGGUGAUGACCUACCAGAACGCCCGCAUGUGGUGGUACUUCGGCUGCUACUUCUGCCUGCCCGUGCUCUUCACGGUCACCUGCCAGCUGGUGACGUGGCGCGUGCGCGGGCCGGUGGGCAGGAAGGCCGAGUGCCGGGCAGGCAGGCACGAGCAGUGCGAGCGGCAGCUGCAGGGCACCGUGGUGGGGCUGACGGUGGUCUACGGCCUGUGCAUGCUGCCCGAGAACGUGUGCAACCUGGUGGUGGCCUACCUGGCCCCGGAGCUCACGCGCCACACGCUCGACCUGCUGGGCCUCAUCAACCAGUUCUCCACCUUCCUCAAGGGCGCCGUCACGCCGGUGCUGCUGCUCUGUGUGUGCCGCCCGCUGGGCCAGGCCUUCCGGGACUGCUGUUGCUGCUGCUGCGACGGCUGCCCCGCGGGCCCCGAUGGCGCCGAGCGCAAGCGCAACGCCGAGAUGGCCUCCUCCAUCUACUUCCACAAGCCCAGGGAGCCGCCGCUGCUGCCCCUGGGCACGCCGUGCUGAGGACGCC